AUGCGCGCCUACACGUGCUGGCGCUUAUUUUUGCCGCACUUUCCGGGGUUUGCCGUGGCUCGGGAUAUCCACCUCGAGAACCUCGAGAGUGUGCAUUGGCUGUCCAAUUCGCGAUCGAUGAGCGUGUGCGGCUGGGCUGUCCUGGCGGUGGCCGUGGCCCUCGGGUACCUCGUGCAGGCCAACCUCGGGACGCUCGCGUACGGCAAGGAGCUCGGCUUCGCGGCGGCGGAGGCCUGCGCUUUGCACCAGCUCCCGACGCCUUGCGAGGACCUCACGGCCUUCCGGCCCGGGGCGCUGUUUGCCGGCGGCGGGGAUCUCUGGAGCACCUUUGCCCUCGGAUCGGAGCAGGCCGUGGCCGGCGCCAUCUACCUCGUGGAGGGCACCAAGGUCACGCCGCUGCCGAUCCUCGGCGAGCCGCCGAAGCUCGUGCUCCACGGGAUCUACUUCUCGGCCAGGAGCCGCCGACUCUACGGCGUGAACCACGACGAGGCUACGGGCGAGUCGAUCGAGGUCUUUGACGUGCUCGAAGAAGACGGCGUCUCGCUCAAGCACGCGGGGUCGAUCCGGUCGCCGCUCUUCGCCAACUUCGCGCUCAAUGACGUCGUCGAGGGCGCGGGAAAGGACGAGGUCUACGUCACCGA